AGGUGCUAUUUUAUUGUCCACCUCUCAAACCUGUUCUGAGUUGUGGCUUUCCUAUGACUCAUUUCUUUCUCCCCAUUUAGUUUUAUUUGAACUUCGACUAGUGACCAUCUUUGCCUUCGCGGGACAGCCCCGUUGUGAGAAUAACAACUUCAAUAUUUCUGUUUUUGAUUGUAAUAUGGAUGAAAAAACAGUGAAGUGUUGUGGCAACAAUUUCGAUUUCCAUCUAUCGGAUGUGAGGUAUAACAUAAAUAGAAGUUGGCUUAAGACAAAGAGAUUGAAAGCGAAAGUUUUCGACGUAGACAGUCUGAGAAGAGGCGCUGGCGUCAAUGUACAAGACGACAAUGGAUACACACCACUCCAUCAUGCAUGUCUAAAUGGCCACAAGGAAAUAGUCCGCAUGCUGCUAUCAGUUGACGCGUCCCCAUGCAUAGCGGACAAAAGGGGGGCGACGCCGCUUCACUUAGCGGCGUGGAAGGGGGAGUCCAACAUCGUGGCCAUGCUUCUCGCCCACAAGAACCCGCCGGUCAAUGUGGACCAGCUGACCCAAGACCACGAGACGGCGCUUCUGUCAGCGGCCCACUUCGGCUACACAGAUGUAGUGGCCCAGCUGAUAGCGAAGGGCGCUGACGUCACCAUCAGAAACAUCAGAGACGAAAGCGCUUUGGACCUCGCAGCGCAGUAUGGGAGGUUGGAGACAGUCCAGCACCUACUCCGCGUGAUGCCUCAACUGGUGGACCCAUACAAGCCUCCAAAGUGUCGCACGAAGUUGUUUUCCUCCACUCCCCUUCAUCGAGCCAGCAAGAACGGUCGCAAGGAGGUGGUCCAAGCACUCCUAGCUGCCGGUAUAGACCCAAACAUUCGCACGCACAACGGGACCCCGCUCCAUGAGGCUGCAUGCUUCCGUAAGGCCUCAGUGGUCCGCAUCCUCUUGGCCAAUGGGGCUGACCUGAACGCUACAGACAGAAGAGGGAUGACCGUGCACGACCUUCUGGCUGACUACUCCGAAGAGGCCACGAGGAAGGUCAGAAGGGUCAUAAGAGAAUUCGAGAACCACUCGAGAAUAACCUACGAAAGCGAGGAAGAGUUGCCACCCUUCCCUGUACAAGACUACAGUCCCACCGGCUACCCGCUGCCCAGCAUGGUGAAAGCCCCAGAGACCCAAGAAAUAACUAACAAAAUUAAAAGCUUUGUAUCACCAUCCUCAUCAUCUCAACUAACAAAGCAUCAAUCUCAGAGUUUUGUGAAAAAGCUUGCUUCUAAAUGCUUAGGCCUAAAGGCAAAGUUCAACUCUGCCCCUAACAUUUCCAAUAAUUUGACGCAAGAGUUGGAAGACGGUGUUAAAUCCAAACAUUCUGAACAUAAAAGCAGUACAAAUACAUUAUUAAUAGGUAAUAGUAAGUUUUUUAAAAAACUAUCGAAAAAGGAAGAAACGGGAGAAAUUGUUUGUACCGAUGAAUUCGAUACUAUAUCUCUCGAUAGGUUAAGCACACUUAAUAGAGAUUCGACUGUAAAUAGGAGCAAUCGUAGUUGCCCUGGUUUUAAGACAUCGUUACCUAAUAUAUCUGAAAACAACGAACACAGCGAUUCGCAAGAAUCUAUUGCAGAAUCUGUUGUUAUGACUGAAAUUGACUGUGAUAAAAAUAAAGACGAUACGAAUAAUAUUAAUGAAGCUGUGAAUUUAAACGCCCACAGCAAUGUACUAAAGCCGAUCAGUAUUGAAAAGAAACGUAUUUCAGUUACUUCUAAUGAUUCCGCAAAUUUUGUCAACGAAUGCUAUGAGGCGUAUGAAUUUUCAGACAAGGAAGAUACAAUUCCGAGACCACCACCUAGGCCAAAUAUGAUUGGGCGCAGCACAAACUAUGAAAGUACAAUUUAUGAAAACGUCACUACGUGUUCUCAGAUGUCCCGUCCUACGCCUGCUGCCAGAACACAUUUGCCUUCAAAAGUACCUUUAGAAGAAGCAGAUAAUAAAGUAUUAUAUGAAAAUAUUACUUUACUGAAAGACAGGAAAACUCCUGAACCGCCUAAACGAUCUUUAUAUCCAUCUUUAAUGGAAAUAGGAAAUGAAAGCGUUUCGACUUUGAGUAGGUCGUCCACUUUGUCGACCGAUUCAUCAAUAGAUGAAACUAUUUUAGAAGACGUCUUGCUGUCACAAAAGUCAAAAUCAUUUAAACAUAGUAGACAUACUCAGGAAUUCAUGAGCACAAUGAAAUCAAACGUUUCAAGGACUUCGUCAAAUUCUUCUGAUUCUUCUAAUGUUACUGAAACAAGUGCUAUAGAAAAUGUUGACUGCAGUGGUGACUCCAAUGAUAAAAAUAUCUAUCUAUCCAUGACGGGUACUAUGCCGAAUAAAAAGAUCUUAACUUCAGAGAAUAAGAAAGUUCUUUUCAGGCAUAAAACAUUCACCAAUAUUGAAGUAGACAGAAAUUCAGUUAAGUUAAAAGCGUUACCCUUUUUCAAGGAUACUUUGGCUCACUAUCAUAUUAGAGGUACAGGCCAUUGUAUUUAUAGUGGACCUACAUUAUCUGAGUUUAUUUAUGUAUUUAAUAGAGAUACUCUCGUUAAAGAUGUGCCACCGUUCACUAAAGUACCUAAUGAUAGAAGAGAUAGCUAUUUAGAAACAGCAAUUUGCUUUUGUAGGCCUAAACCUCCUAAACAUCAUAACAGUGCUGAAGAUUUACUCGAUGCUCAGCCCCUUAAAGAUAAAGAAUCCGUUAGCAUCGAUAUGGAAGCUCUCAAGAAAAGCAAAGAAAUGAAUUCAACAUCAUUUCGUUGCUUCUGUGAUUCAAAUGACUGUGCAUUUCAUUCAGAUAAACGUGAUUCUGGUAAUUUGAUCGUAAAAUUUUCGGCCGUCAAAAAAAGUAUAUCUACACCAGAUAUAACUUUACACUAUUCUCCUUCUUCGACAGUUCGUAACAUUGGUAUGAUAAAAAACAAAUCUGUGCCAUCGAAUUUAGAAGAACCAUAUGCAGUUGUAACAGUAGAACACAUAGUUGCAAGACAAAAAUGUGCUCAGAAUAAUACUAUUGAUUCAAACAGCCCUGACUACGUCCCAAUGUCGUCUUCCACUCUUUCAUCGAAUUCUUCCAGUCGCCCUUAUUCUAUAAAAGAUAUAACUGAUGUUAUUUCAUUACAAUCAACACUGACAAACUCCAGCCAAACUCGUGCUUCUGAUUCUAAUAUACCUCUACGAAAAUCGAGCUCGGAACACUCGGGUCAUUGGUCGUUGCAGUCGUGCAAUUCGAACGUAACAAUUAAAUCGGAUGCAUCAUUCGUGACGUGUUUCGAGGAAUCGGAAGAUGAUUCGGACCAGACUAUGCGUUCUGACGAAGAAGUAUCCGACACCGAAACUGUUAAAUCUGAAAUAAGUACUGCCAAAAGGCCGUGGGUCCACAGUGAUUCCUUCAGAUUUGGUAACAAUAAAAUAGAAGAGGAUCUUUCGACUCUGGUGGAGGAGUCAAAAGAUUCGUGCGAUUCUAAAUUCGAGAGUGGGAUAAGCGUGGAUGAUUCUGAUAGUUCUUCGUCGGAGGAUGGGGAUGAUAGUGGUGUUCCGAGGGUCGAUACGGAUGUGUCGCUUGUCGCUUCGCUUGAGCGGGGGUGCGGGGUGGGCGGGGGUGUUCGCAGCGGGUCGGGGCGGCGGCGCUGGGACGAGGCGGAGGGCACCAGCGAGGGCGAUGCGCUGAGCGUCUCAAGCGCAGCUUCAAGCUGUGCGCCGCUCCAUCUGGCGCAUCAUCACGAGUACAGCAAAGUUUCGCCCACGCCUCCUAAAAAGCCUCCCCGUCGGAAUCUGUCGGUGUCCCCAACCCAUGCCAACUCCCCAUCCUCUGGGUACAGCUAUGAGCUGAGGCCCCACGCGAGGAGUCAGGACGACUUGGAUGAUAUACAGGGUGCUAAACACUACCUCAAACACGGCCGAUCAGUCGACCAAUACGUCGACGGCAAGCUAUCCUACUCGGAAUACGAAGACAACCACAACUCCCCCCGAAUCGCCCCAGUCCCUAACCCUCGCCCCAGCCUAAAGAACCGUUCCCAACCCGUCGCCAUCACGGCCAUGUACGAAAAUGUCGUCAUAAAGGAACAGAACCCUCGCCGAAAACUCAGAAGGAACAACUUCGGACCCCAAUACGAAAACUACGAGCCGAGAAUGAACGACAAUAGAGUCAGAAAGUACUCGAACCAAGAGAAGUCUUCCUUAGAGAGCCUAUUGGACGAUCAGUCGAUGAACAGUCCGAGCGAUUGUGAGAGGUAUUACGAUGGACCGAGGGUCGAGAUUCCGUUGUCUCCGUCGCAUUAUGAGCAGCCGCCGACGCCUGAUCAUCCGCCGCCUUCGGCUAAGCAGGCGGAGAAUAGCAUUCACGAGAGGAUCAGGCCUUUGAGUCAGGAAUACAAAAGGCGGUCGGCGCUCCGCGACAGCUACACCGAGACAGAAGUCAGCCUGCUAAGGGCAGCCUCUGCGGCUUCCGUGGCCAGUGGCGCCACCGACCGCAGCGGGAACACAGACAACUGCGUGGAGGAGUACGUGUGCGAUGUGCCUUUUGCCGGCCUCUUCAAAGGCUCAACGACGACGCUCGACGGGAUAGGCCUCCGGCCGAUGCCAGCCGAACGGCCGAAGACGCUGCGCAAGCUGAAGUCAGUGUACGACGCAUCGCCCACCGAACCACCAGCCCAUACCCUCAGCAGCAAUGGGCAGGCUGACAGAAGCGUCAAUGGACUGGAGGAGGAAGUCAGGAGGCGCAGCAAUACCACCAGCUCUACCCAGAGUGGGGACAAGUCGCUGUCCAUACUCAGUCCGUUCGAUGAGCAGGAGGAAUGGGCAAAGAUCUCCGAGAUAAUGGCCUCCUUCGGCAGCAAGCUCGUCCGCGAGUCUGUGUUCGUCUCCGAGCUCGAGCAGGAGUUCACGUCACGGCUGGGCCUGAGUUGCUCCGAAUCCAGCCUGAGUCCUUCCGUGGCCUCGACCCUGGGCCUGUGGCUGGCUGGCCUGGGCCUACACGAUUACGAGCCGCUCUUCAGGGAGAGCGGCUACGAUGACGUAGAAUUUAUUAAUGGAAUCCUAGACGAAAAUGACCUACGAGAAAUGGGUAUAGACGAAGCGGAUAGACAGAAAAUACUAGAGUCAUCGAAACAGUUACCUCUUAAAAUAACAGAAAUAAGCAAUAACCAUAACAAUAAUAAUAUAAGUAAGAACCAAAACGAAUCUGUAGAAGAAUGGCUAAGGAAUAUUAAUUUAGAAAUAUAUAGUGAUACGUUUAGAAAGCAUUUGUAUGUAGACAUGGAUAGAGUGAAAAGAAUUUGGGAGGUAGAAUUGACGGCUGUGCUAGAAAUACAUAAGCCUGGACACAGGAAGCGAAUAUUGGCGUCGGUGUCUGGCGAACACAAUGGGCCUGCGACUAACAAUAUGGAAGAAAUUAACGCUGAUCUCAACACUUUGAAGAACAACAUACAGCAGCUAAAAGAAGAAAUCAAAGAAAAGCUACCAGCUUCAGAGAACUUGAAACCUGUGCCUCCUCCCGUUGUUCCUACCCUGGCGCCACCUGGUGGGGAAACCUUGAAGCGCAGUAAGAAGAACAGGCCGGCUCCUCAACCCCCUAGGCCAUCGGACCUGGAGAUCAGGGCUCCAUCAGAACUGCUGGUUGGAGUCCCAGGAGCCUUGAGGACGCAGUGGAAACACCAACCGUUCGUGCUAGUCACUGGUGCUGUUACCUAUGUAGCUAAUUACCUAGGUUCAACGGUAGUCAAAGAACUCCGCGGGACCGAAUCCACGAAGAAGUCCAUUCAGAAGCUGAAGAAGUCUACCAAAGAACCGAGGGAUUCCCCCGACAUCAUACUUUCCAUCAGCUACAGAGGUGUCAAGUUCCUGAAUACCAUUACCAGGGAGCUGGUCUGCGAGCACGAGAUCCGCAACAUCCACUGCGCGUGCCAGGACGCGGACGACCUCACCCACUUCGCCUACAUUACCAAGGACCACGCCACUAGGAGCCACUACUGCCACGUCUUCAGAGUCGCUACUAUGGAUCAAGCGACCGAAGUAAUUCUAACAUUAGGUGAAGCCUUCGAAGUGGCCUACCAAAUGGCUCUACGGGAACAGUCGAACCGGGUCCGAGUGACCCAGUCAAUGGCCAAGACCCCGACCCACGACCCCAUGACGACCAGCAACAAGGAGAAACCCAACGUCAAUCACGGGAGAUCACAUUCCAUUACCGAAAUCAAACUCAACGGACAUCAAUUGAAAAUCGCUCCAAUCCCAGCAUCGUUGUCGAACGAAGACUUCCAAGCUGCCACCAGAAAUUCCGAUGGGUCCAGAAGCCCUAGGACACCUCUGCUAAAAGCCCCAAUAGCAUCCACGGAGGAAUUGUGAAAGCAACCCUCUAAUGCUACUGUAACUUUAUUAAAAUCGAACGAAAAUACUAAAUACGAUAUAUGGCGAAGGAAAUCUUUAAACUUUUGAUUCCAAUCGCCAAAAAAAUUAAUGGAAGACAUCACUAAUUGGAUUUCUUGAGUCUUCCUAAAACGCGAACUUCCAAAAACACGAUUUUGAAAUUCAAUGAAAUUCCUCGAAUUGUUGUUAAUAAUAUACAUUAAGUAUUAAAAUAUUAUUAUUAGGCUUGGGUGUUUUAAUAUUGUAUAAAGGACCAGUUACUCAAAAUAGAUUCUUCUGGUCUCGCAUUGUGGUAUUUGUAUAAGGAUAUAACUAUUUUACUUCGAUUUCGACACUGCUUUUACGAACCAUACCUAAUUUAUUUAUCUGUUGUACGAUAUUAGAUAAUACGAUUUUGCUAUGGAAUAGUAAAAUUUUAGGGGCUGUUAUAUUUAUAGUAGUUUUUAAUGAUUGUAUAUUUUUGUUUCCUCUAGCAAUAUGUGCUGUUAAAUGAGAUAUAUCAUCAACAUUAAUGAGUAUUACAACGUUUGUUGGUCCAAAUAAUAUGACAUUUUAAUAUGAAGAAUAUUAAUCGUAUGAACUCGAGACAUGUGUAAUCGAUAAAAUUUUAAGAUACUUCAAAAAUAAUUACAUUGAUAUUAUUUUACGCUUUUGGACAUAUUGAUAUUCGUUUAGGCCUAAAAUAUUAAUCUCUAUCCUAGAUAUUAUGAUAAUAAUGUUUGUGUAUCGCGUUACCAUUUUUCGGUGUCGUAAUGUAUGUACAUAGAUAGAUGUAUUUGAGUGUAUGGACGGGGAAAUAUGGGAUAUUGUAUGGAACUUCUUGAGAGAAUAGCGAGAUCGCCUAACUUAUAGUACAUAAAACAUAUCAACCAAUGUUAUAUGUUAUUGGAAUUCAAAAAUAUUAUGAACGACGGUGACUAGAGUUUAUCGGAGAACCUUGGCGUAAUAAAAUUUGUAUUUAAAAGUGAGCUUCCGAUGUUACUUUUGCAUAUUAUUGUAGUUUUUAAUAGUGUUAAUUGUCGUUAUACGUACAAUAAUCGUGUCUCAAAAUGACAAAAAAUAAACUGUUUAAAAGUUUUUUUCAAUUAUAGCAACUGUUUGCUCAAUACCACGCCGUUUUCGGAGUCAGUUUUUGAUAUUGUUCAUAAAGUUUUUUGAAUCAUAUUUGGGUUUACGUUGAUGUGUGUCGUUGCUAAAGUCUGACUAUUUUAAUUUGAGAUUUGGUGUAAUCUUAUGUGAUAUGAGAAGUAAAAGUAUUCAAAUGAUUUUUGUUUCUUUCAUUUCUGUACGACCUUGGUAUUUUGUAUCUAUAUGUUUAUUUGUAUAUGAAGCACAGAUUAUAAGAGUUAUCGUUGUUUGUGAUUAUAAUAAAAUAUUUAUGUUUAUGGACGAGCUAUUCAAUAGUUGAAUAUAAAUAUAUGUGUAUGAAUAAUGUAGUAUAUUAGAUAUAGUAUAAAAUAAACAGAACUGUGCCAAAUUUCAGUGAUACAGGAGAUCAUCGCCAAUACUAGCCGUUGGAUGUAUGCGAAGUAAAAAUGCUCAUUACUAACACCAAUUUACUAUGUUCAGGCCUCAUUUUUAUAUUAAUUAUAUUAAAUUUACGUAUGGUUACUGGCACGUCGGCCUAUUACAAAUUGACACAUUCCUCAAUUGAUUUUCGACCUUAUCUCAAAGCCAUAAAGUUCAAAGUCGAUUGAGGAAAUUGUCUCUUUUUGGUAGGUUGACAUGCUGAUCACUAUAAUAGAGUUAGUGAAAUUUUGGCGACCGUCCUAAAGACUGAGGGCGACAUUUUAUAUUGCAAUAUUUACACAUAGUUUUGUUUAGAUUUAUUAAGAGAGCGUAGAACUAAAAUAAGUUUCUGUAGAAUUCAACGAGGAGCAUUUUUACUAUUCUUUUUAUAACGUUGUUCACCACAGUCGUAUAUAGGGUGUCAAAUACUUUAGCAAACACCCUAUUUACGAUACAAUGAGCUAAUUAAUAUAAGUAUAACUUUUUAAAAAUUAAUAAUUAUACAUCAGCUUAUACAGCUACUGGUUACGUUUAUAUUGAAACACUACAUUUUCACAUGGGGUAACUCAAAUU